AUGCUUCUAAUACAAAAUCUUUCACUGGGCGCUGCCUUGAUGACGGUGGGAUUGGCCUCCGCGCAAUCCAGCUACCCCAACACAACCACCACCCUCAACACCUCCACCUGCUCCCGCCAAUCCAUCGCCGCGUGCCCUACCCCCUACGACCCCUGCUGCGCCUUCGUCUGCGCCGAAGCCCAGGUCCCCUUCGACGUCUGCUCCCCCAACAACGAGACCUUCCUCGCCUCUUGCUACGCGUGUACCCCUGCCACCGCUACGCCCACCGUCACUACGCCGCCCUCGUCUACUGGCGUGUGA